AUGAUCAAAGAAUCUGGACUUUCAGAGAACUUCAUGAGUAAGAAAUUGCUCUUGUUCUGCUUACUAUCGAUUGGCUUUACUCUUUUCCUUCUAUUCGGCACGCCAAUACCCCUCGCUAGCGCCAGUGAUGGACCACCAGUAUCCACUACUCCAGAAACAAGUGCAAGACAAGGAAGCCAUGCCAUUUCAACCUUUCUAGGGCGGCAUGAUGAGAAGGAAAUAACGGAUGACCUGGACGCGAGGUACUUGGCCACGCGAACUCUUGUGUACCAGCUUCUACAUGCCCCUAGCACCAAGCUGCAUAAUCCCGUCCCAGUCAUUGUCCUCGUCGAUCAGAGUGUACGGGAAAGCAAGCGGCAGAGACUCCAGAAUGAUGGAGCUAUUGUUGUGGGGGUGCAGAGUGUUGAAGCCAUCGGACACGGGGACGGCAUGCAUGCGGCCAAGCUACAGAUUUUUAAUCCCAACCUUGUCCCCUACGAGAAAGUCCUCUAUAUGGACGCCGAUAUGAUCUUGACCCACCCAAUCGACAAAAUAUUCAAUGAUCCUAGCACCGCAGCUAAGAAUGUUGGUCAAAGCCUCCAGACAGCUUCAGGCAACUCAGAGUCGCUUCCCGAAAGUUUUGUCAUGGCGGCAGCCCCAGUGACAGCAGAUUAUUCGGAUUCAACACAAGCAUCCAUCCCAUUUUACAAUGGGCUUUUCAUAUAUACCCCAUCCGCCGAUAUUUUUCAGUACUAUCUCAAAAUGCUGGGUCAGUCUGGGCAUGAUUUGCUCAAUUAUGCCCACCGCCGUGGAGGACCAAUGCCCUGGCAGAAUAUGCACAGCUCCUGGUAUUCAAACUGGCCGGGGGACAAUGCUCUUGACGGCAAGACGGCUCUUCUGAAUGCGAAAGGGCAGGGCCGAGACGGAUAUGGACAGUCGUCGUACUCUGACAGCGAUGUACGCGAAUAUGCCCAGUCGCAAAGGUGGAAAAUGGAAGAAUACUGGCUUGGAAAGACAGAGGCAUCCAUGUAA